AUGUUUUCUCUAGCCAAAUUAGCGUACUGCGUUUGCGACGAUGACGAUAGGAUAUUUUAUGAUAAUUUGGAGACAUUAAUAAUCGAUAUUCAACCUUGUUGUAUCGAUGUAUUGAGAUACCUAAAGAACGAGACAAGAUCAAAUGUUAUAGAUGUUGAUUUUUACUCUGACGCCGACUCAAUGAGUGAAAAGGCCGCUGCCAGUGGACAUUUGGAAUGCUUGGCGUUCGCCGAAAGCCGCGGGUUUCCAUGGACGCAAACCAUAUGUGCUCAGGCGGCUGCUAAUGGACGGCUCGAGUGCCUUAAGUAUGCACGCGACCAGGGCUGUCCGUGGAAUGUGUUGGUGUGUGAGUACGCCGCAGCAAACGGCCAUUUGGAGUGCCUACGGUAUGCCCGGGAACAGGGCUGUCCGUGGGAUGAGAUCGUGUGCGAGAAAGCGGCUGGUCAUGGCCAACUCGAGUGUCUGGUGUACCUCCAGGAUAAUGGGUGUCCAUGGGACGCGUCCACAUGUGAGGCGGCCGCGGCCGGUGGGCACAUUGACGUUCUGCGGUAUGCCCGUGACCAUGGCUGUCCGUGGGACUCAUUCACGUGCCGAGAAGCUGCAGCCAAUGGCCAUCUAACGUGCUUGGCAUAUGCCCACGAGAACGGCUGUCUGUGGGAUAGCACGACGUGCGAAGCGGCCGCAGCUGGUGGCCAUCUCCAUUGUCUGAUUUACGCUCACAAUAACGGUUGUUUGUGGGACAUAACUACGUGUGACGAAGCCGCGUCAAACGGACACGACUCAUGUCUGGAAUAUGCACUGGAAAACGGUUGCCAGUGGGAUGGACGCAUUCCAUGAAUAAUAUGAAUAACAUGAAUACUACCAUUGUUAGAUUAUAUUUUAUUAUAGUUUAUUAUUAUCAUGAGUACCCAGGUACGAUAGCUUAUAAUUUAUUGAGAAACAAAUACUAUGUGUAAAAAUUCUUAAUAACUGUAUUUGUUUAUUAGGUAUUUUUAGCCAUUUCGCUGGGCUCUUUGUCUUCAGAAAAUCUCGUUAUUAUCAUUGUACCAGUGAUGUGUGGACCUUGAAGUUUUCUGUGAUGACGAAUUGAUUAAUCUGGUUAUGAACUCUGAAAACAUUCUAGACAAUAGUUUAGAAUUUGGAUUUUGAUAGAAGUGUGAAACUAUUUAUUAUUAUAAAUAAUAAUGUUAAAUUUUGGUUAUCGUGAUAUUAAACUACUAUACGACU